GCCCUGGGACUUCCUGAUCCUCCUGGCAUAUAAAUACCAGGGCAGGCCAGUGUGGCAGAGCGCAGUGAGCAGAAACCCUCAGGCAAGCUGAGCCUCCCUUCCAGGAGGAUGAGGAACUUGAGAGCUGUCGUUUCCAUCUUUAUCCUUGUGGCUGUCCUUGGAUCCCAGGCUGGGAUCAUGCGUGCAAUAAGAGAAAAGAGGGACAUUCAUCAUAUUGAACCUCAUGCAGUUUAUCAAGGUAUUCCAGACUCUCCAGACUGUUGCUUCUUCUACAUCUCACAGAUCCCAUGCUCAAGAUUUGUGUAUUAUUUUCCAACCAGUGGUGGGUGCAUCAACCCAGGCAUCAUCUUUAUCUCCAAGAGGAGGAAGCGGUUCUGUGCCAACCCCUUUGAUCAGCGAGUUCAGGAGUGCAUAAGACGGCUGAAGCAAAUCCCGGGACCUGGGAGCACAGCCAUAGCUUGAGAAGGAGGGCUUAUACUGCCAGUCACUUCUUUCUGUCAUCCCCAGUGACCAUCUAGGAGGCUCUAAGCAUUUAUUUUUAUAGAUGCUUAAAACGUUCAUUCUGCUCUUCUGGUUGAAAGCAGCUCGUGUAGUAUUUAUAUGGACUUUUUUUGCAUAGUUCCUCAGUAGAUCAUAAACAGAUAAACGAUUAGAGUGGCCUCUGGGGGCUUCGGAAUGUGUCUGGCUCCAAUACUAACUAAAGCCAGGUCCAUCAAGCCAAUAUGAAAAGAGUUUUGCCCUAGCCCAUAUACAUAUUCAACUUUGUGAGGGCCCAGCUGUUUUUCUACCACCCUAGAGCAGUAAGCAUCACCCUCACCCCCAAAAAUAAAGUUAAUCCAUGUAGCCA